CCUAUUUGUCUCGAGGCACGUGAAAGCAGCAGGGGUCACGCGGUGUUUCUUUCUGAGAGAACAAAUAUGGCGGACGAUGGAGAGUCAUUGGAAUCUUGGCUUAACAAAGCCACCAAUCCCUCCAACAGACAGGAAGACUGGGAAUAUAUAAUGGGUUUCUGUGAUCAGAUUAAUAAGGAGCUCGAAGGUCAUCAAAUAUCUGUCAGACUGCUGGCGCACAAGAUUCAGUCCCCUCAGGAAUGGGAGGCAAUGCAAGCAUUAACGGUUCUUGAAGCGUGUAUGAAAAACUGUGGACGGCGGUUUCACAAUGAAGUUGGCAAAUUUAAGUUUUUGAAUGAGCUAAUAAAGGUGGUCUCACCUAAGUACCUCGGAGACAGAGUGUCGGAUAAAGUGAAGACGAAGGUCAUAGAGAUGCUGUAUACUUGGACUGUGUCUCUUCCUGAUGAAGCAAAGAUCUGCGAGGCGUAUCAGAUGCUGAAAUCCCAGGGUAUUGUUGUAGUUGAUCCAGAAGUCUCCUCGGAUGCCACAUUAAUCCCCUCCCCUUCUCCACGUCCCAAGAAUCCUGUAUUUGAUGAUGAAAAAAAGAGCAAGAGAUUAGCAGAACUUCUGAAAAGCAAAAAGCCAGAAGAUCUUCAAGAGGCGAAUCGGCUGAUCAAGAAUAUGGUGAAGGAGGAUGAGGUGCGAUCACAAAAAGUCGCAAAACAAAAAAGCACACUGGAGGCCGUCAACAGCAGUGUGAAGCUCCUUAAUGAGAUGCUCGCUCACUUCAGCCCUGAAGACUCCACUGAAGCAGAUAAGGAGCUUAUAAAGGAAUUGUAUAGUGACUGUGACAAGCUCAGACAAACCGUAUUUAAACUGGCUACGGAGACUGAGGAUGAUGACAGCAGCUUGGGAGAGAUCUUGCAGGCCAAUGAUGACCUCUCCAGUGCAAUUAACUCCUAUAAGAAGAUUGUAGAAGGGCAGUCAAUCAGUGGAGACCCUGAAGUUGCACAAGGAACCCAAAUGCCAGUCACACAAGGGUUCGGAAACACAAACAAGUCAGAGAUUCUUAUUGACCUGGUGGGUCUUGACACCAAGAGUCCUUCUCAGCAUGAACCUCAAGCAUCUUCUCUCGUUUUUUCGGGUGACUUGCUUUGCGGAUCAACGACCACUGAGCUUCAGUCUGAGAGUGUUGCUGCGCCUUCUGCCGCCCUCUCACUGCUGGACGAGGAGCUGCUAUCUUUAGGCCUUAAUGAUCCUGGCCCUGUAUUCAAUGAAUCAAGCACCUCAAAUCAGAGCAAUCAUUUACCACCUUCACAGGACUCCGGUCAACAUUUGGCUCUUUUUGACGCCAGUUUGCCUGCCUUUAAUGCACUUUCGACACCUUCGCUCUUUCAACAAGCCCUUUCUACAACGCUAGCAUCAGUGACUUCUACCAAAACAACUACAACUUCUUCUGCCUCAAAAUUCCCCUGCCCUGCCUUUUCAACGCUUCCAGCUGCUACCGCUUCGGAUUUGCCAGCGUCACUCAUAUUCGCACAGCCGCUUGCCCCAGCUCUGAUCACCGUGGCACCAGCAGGUCCUUCACCGUCGCACAGCAUGACCGCACCAGCUCUCUCGACCAGCGGUCAACAUGUCUCCUUACCUGGAGUCUUUCAGCCUGGUCCAUCCUCUCUCAGUCACAAUUUACACGACCUCACCAUGCUGGAUUUGGGCAGUGCUGAUAUUCACGGCGGUACCUCCACUUCAGCGAUGACAGCCGGGAUGCAAGGAUGGUCUACUCCUCCAACUCUCCGAAGUCACUCAGAUGACAGCCCUCUGCUACGCUCCAUGUCUCCCAUUCACCCCACGAGUCAGGCUAGUCCAAGCAAAGGAGACGAGGCGUCCCUGGCUGCUGUUUUUGUUCCUUUGGAGGCCAUCAAGCCAAGUACGCUCUGUCCCAUGACAGCGUAUGACAAAAAUGGUGUUCGUGUUCUGCUCCAUUUUGCUUCUGACUGUCCACCCGGCAGGCCUGAUGUGCUCGUGAUGGUGGCGUCGAUGCUCAACACGGCCCCCCAGCCUGUUACCAACAUUGUUCUCCAGGCUGCUGUGCCCAGGACGAUGAAGGUGAAGCUGCAGCCGCCCUCGGGGACAGAGCUGGCACCUUUUAAUCCAAUUCUUGCCCCUGCUGCCAUCUCUCAGGUCGUGCUGCUUGCAAAUCCUCUCAAGGAAAAAGUUCGGAUGAGAUACAAACUGAUGUUUAUGCUGGGAGAGCAGUCUUUCACAGAAGUAGGGGAGCUGAAUGACUUUCCACCAGCUGAUAGAUGGGGAGCUCUAUAGUUGCAUUUUCACCAUUAUUUAAUGGCUCUAUUGAAGUGUUGUAUGUCAGUGCACUGCAAAGGUAAAAAAAAAGACUUCUAUAGAAAGUUUGAUAUGAUUAUAAACUUGAAUUAACCAUAAUGAGUUUGAGGUGGAACAAUGCAAAAGGCAUCCAAGUUUGACCGGUGGUUAGAAACCAGUCUGACCUGAACAAAUGUGGAUAAUGGUGUUAAAGUCAGUUACUUAUUAAAAAAAUUGUACUAAUAUAUUUUUCUUUCAAUAAAAUGUUUAUGUUUAAUUCUGUAUGUCAUCUGAAUGGACCGAAAAUCCAAAAAAGGCUAAAAAUCCCUGAUAUUUGAUAUUUCCAAUGAAAUCUUUCUGUUAUGUAUGAUUCAUGCAGAUGAAGAAAGCCAGGCACUCAUUGGUUUAUUUGAAGGCUUUAACUGAGACCUGACUUCUGGGGUUUUACACUAAGCUGUGCUUUAGCCACAUACCUAACACAACAGUUUUGUUUGGUUUUCAGUAUUCUCAUCAUUUAACCGAAAAAUAUAUGAACAGAAGAAUUGCAUCAAUUCACUUGCCAUAAAAAAAAAAAAAAAAAAUCCAAACAAACUGAAGUCAUUCUAAAUACUCAUCUGACAGAAAUUUGGUUCAGUACACAUACAUGUUACCAGAUAUUCUGACAUGUAUGUGCUACGUUAUUAAUCAACCCUGAAGUGGAUAUGCCAGCAGGAAAUAAGGAGCUGCUGACACACUCUCAAGACAAACAGUUGUAAUGUUUAAAAUCAAUAACAAAGCACGUAUAAUGUAUAUUUUCUUCUGUCGCUGCUUUUAGAUGAUAAAGAAACGCAGCUGAGGGUUAAGAUCAGCGUAAAUGACUUGUGUGACGGCUUCAUGUUUCAAAUUAGAAAUGUUUUGCUCUUAUGUUAUUUAUGUCCUGUAAACAAUGAAAUAAAUGGUUUUGUUUUUUUGGGGGGGUGGAGGUAUUUAAAAAAAAAUUUAUCUGUCAGUGGCAUAUAAAGCAUUCCUUACAUAUUUCUUUUAAAAGUAUUUAUUUGGGAUUGUUGAAUUGUCAUUGCAUAUUUUUGAGAAGCGUUUUCUGUGCAUGGAAACAAUAAAAGAGAUGGAUCUAUUUGUAUUAUA